UGGCUUUAUAAAAGGAUGUGGACACGCGUUCCCUUGCAGUCGUCAUUCAGGUUGUGUGUCGCUGAAGGAAGGAGUUUUGAUCUGCCCUCAAAGGCCCUGACUGAAGAGCAGUCAUGCGUCCCCUGGGGUCCACAGUCCUCUUCACUGUCCUGCUGCAGGCUUUGGGCACCCCGACCGAGGAUUGGAGUUUGGCAACGUCCAUCUAUGACUUCUCAGCCACUGACAUCGAUGGUAACGUGGUCUCGCUAGAGAAAUACAGGGCCAACGUCGUCGUCAUCACAAACGUGGCCUCGAAAUGAGGCAAGACCCCCGUAAACUACUCUCAGUUUGCCGAAAUGCACGCCAAGUACGCUGAGAGAGGUUUACGCAUCCUUGCUUUCCCUUCCAACCAGUUUGCCAACCAGGAGCCUGGCACUGAUGCUCAGAUCAAGCAGUUUGCGCAGUCGUACAACGCUCGCUUUGACAUGUUCAGCAAGAUCGACGUCAACGGAGACAACGCUCACCCUCUGUGGAAGUGGAUGAAGGAGCAGCCCAAUGGCAGAGGCUUCAUGGGAAAUGGCAUCAAGUGGAAUUUCACAAAGUUUUUGAUCAACAAAGAAGGUCAGGUGGUGAAGCGAUACGGACCCAUGGAUGAUCCAAGUGUGGUGGAGCAGGAUCUUCCUACCUAUCUGGACGCCUAAAUGAUGCGAUAUCUGUUCUCUGGUUCUCUGAGCAUCACUGGAUAAAAGUUUUGGUUCAACCCGGACGUGUGACGGCCUGGCCAUAAACCCGCUCAACGGAAAGGGCAGACCUGAUGGAAAAAUGGCGUGCAAACCUACCGGGGAGGAUUACUGAACUUUUAUUCAUGCACCUGCCCAGGGAGAAAGGGAGAAAGAUCAUAGUUUUCAUAACAACACUGGAAUUUAUACUAAUCUUAUUCUCUGUGGGAUUAACAGAUCACUAAAACAUUGUUAUCUGGAAA